AAAGCCGGACUGACCCUGAGCACAGACUCAAGCAGCACCAUGUAUGAGCUCAAUGACAGCAGUUUUGAUCCUAUCACCUUCGUCCUGACAGGCAUCCCGGGCAUGGAGGAGUCCCACAUAUGGAUCUCUGUCCCCUUCUGCCUGAUGUACCUCACUGCUGUGUUUGUGAACUCUGUCCUCCUCUUUGUCAUCAUCACGGAGAGGAGCCUCCACGAGCCCAUGUACCUCUUCCUGGCUAUGCUGGCUGCUGCUGACCUAAUGCUUUCAACCACAACGGUGCCCAAAAUGCUGGCGAUCUUCUGGUUCAGUGCCAGAGAAAUUUCUUUUGAUGCCUGCAUUACUCAGAUGUUCUUCACACAUUUCAGUUUUAUUGUGGAGUCCUCCGUCUUGCUGGCAAUGGCAUUUGAUCGGUACGUUGCUGUAUGCGACCCCCUGAGAUACUCUUCAACAUUAACUCCCUCGGUGAUUGGGAAAAUCGCUGUGACUGCUGUUGUCAGGGCAUUGUGCAUCAUGUUCCCACCCAUCUUCCUCCUGAAGCGGUUGCCGUACUGUGGACACAACAUCAUGCCACAUACCUACUGCGAGCACAUGGGCAUAGCCCGCUUGGCCUGUGCUGAUAUAAAAGCCAACGUCUGGUAUGGACUUACAACAGUUCUGCUCUCCACUGGCCUCGAUGUUGUGCUCAUCGCUGUCUCUUAUGCUCUGAUCCUGAAGGUGGUCUUUCGCCUCCCGACCCAUGAGGCCCGUCUCAAAACACUGAGCACCUGUGGCUCCCACCUCUGUGUCAUCCUCAUGUUCUACAUGCCCGCAUUCUUCUCCUUUCUUACACAUCGUUUUGGCCACCACAUCCCUGGUCACGUUCAUAUCCUCCUGGCCAACCUCUAUGUUGUGGUCCCACCAAUGCUCAACCCCAUUGUAUACGGGGUGAAAACGAGGCAGAUCCGGGAGCGAGUGGUCCGCCUCUUCUGCCCCGUGGGUCAGUGCCCCUGCUGCGGCCGGAGCAGCAGAUGCUGA